GAUGAAGUUUAGCGGUAAAUCUAAAUCGGGUUAAUUGUUAGGAAUUGUUGUUACCGAGUAAACUCGACAGAAACUCCAUUUUCAACCUCACUCUUAAACCCUAGAUUUUCAGCAGUCCCACAUCACUCCAAAACCUUUCUUCUUCGUCAGCUCAAAGCUCAGCCAAACAAUGGCAAAUCGGCGAUGCCUUCAAACCCUAACCCGUCAUUUAUCAUACCUUCUCUCUCCAAACCCAUCUCUUUGUUCACUCAAUUCCAUUUCCCCUCAAACACUAACCCCAGCACUGCUCAAUUCCAUCAACACACUAACUUCGUCUCCCAAAUGCCCCCAAGUUAGCACUAAAAUUUCAUCUUUCCACCGGCAUUUCUCUUCGAAUCGACCGAGCAAUAGCGACGACGAGGAAGAGGAUGAAAGUGAAGACGAAACAGAUUAUGAUGACGACGGUGAUGAUGACGUUGAGGGCUUGGAGUCGAAUAGUGAGCCCGGUAGAGAGUACACUCCGGAGGAGAAAGAGCACGAGGCGGCAGAAAUUGGGUAUAAGGUGAUCGGCCCACUUCAGAAAUCGGACCGGGUUUUCAAACCAUAUGAACCCGUUUAUGCUGUUAUUCAGAUUGGUUCCCACCAGUUUAAAGUGAGCAAUGGCGAUUCCAUUUUUGUGGAGAAACUGAAGUUCUGUGAAGUCAAUGACAAGUUGAUUCUAAACAAGGUUCUGCUGCUGGGCUCAAAGACACAGACAAUCAUUGGCAGGCCUAUAUUGCCAGAUGCAGCUGUUCAUGCUGUAGUUGAGGAGCAUGCAUUAGAUGCUAAAGUACUGAUAUUCAAGAAGAAGAGACGAAAGAAUUAUCGACGAACACGAGGGCAUCGACAGGAAUUAACAAAGUUGAGGAUUACGGAUAUUCAAGGAGUUGAAAAGCCUGAAGUGGCACCAAUUCUCAAGACAGAGAAGAAAGAUGCAAAGAAGGUAGCAGUAGCAGCUUAAAAAUGGUGAGAUGGUUAAAGAAAGCUGCUUGAGUAGGGGAUUUUUGGCAUAUACAGCAGACACAGUCGGCAUUUUCCAUUCUCGUUUUCUCUUAUAAAUUUUGUGUUAGAACUCAGAUGCCACAUGAGGUCAGAUGGAAGGGAAUGAAUUUGUUGUAGGCUUUAACAUAGUCAAAUCUUGAGGAUGUGUAUUUGGUUAUGACAGAAUAUAGCUCAUCAAAGCUAAAGAAAAUAAUAUUUCUUGCUAAGGAGUAUUUCCUACUCUUAAAGCAGUGCUGAUUAUUUC